AUGGAUACCUCCUCUCCUAUCCCGCUGAUCAGAGCUAUGCUCCCCAAGGUGCCACUGAUGGGUAGAACCGCUCUAAGCCAUACCUUAGGACUCUCAGAACAGUCCAAUAAGUGGGAUCUACGGACCGCGGUAACAAUCAACGUCAUACGGUCCUUCAUCGUUGAUUCCCCCCCUCAACCAAUCUCCAAAGUCCAACACAUGAGCAAGAAAGACCCGGGAAUUAAGGGAAAGAUAUGGGUUAGCAAAGUGGAAAUGCCUCAACCGGAAGAGGACGAUAUCAUAAAAGCCUUGUGUACAGCUAUAGAGGGAUUAAAACAACCAGGAGAAGUAGAAGGAGGGUUUAUAGUUCCAGAUUUGCUCCCGGUUGAAGCAGAAUGGACGGGAUACCGAUCACAAGCCAGCAAGCACUCUGUCCUACCCGAAAUCUCUGAAGAACAAAAAUAUAAGGAAAUGAUGGAAGAAGUCACUGCUCCUACCACAAUCCUCUAUUUCCACGGCGGAGCAUACUAUCUCAUGGACCCAGCUUCCCAUCGAUCAACAUGCAAGAAACUUGCACGGCUGACGAAGGGCCGCUGCCUCAGUGUCCGCUAUAGACUGGCACCUCAAAACCCCUUUCCAGCCGCUCUUCUCGACGCCUUAAUAUCUUACUUCACGCUCCUUUAUCCUCCCGCUGGCUCUUUCCAUGAGCCCCUCAAAGCAGAACAUAUAGUUUUCGCGGGCGACAGCGCAGGAGGCAACCUCGCCCUCGUCCUCCUCCAGACGCUCCUCGAGUUCCGGCGUCAGGGGCUUAAAAUCCGUUGGAACGGUGAAGAACGAGAGGUUCCUCUUCCCGCGGGAGUAGCUACAAGCAGUGCAUGGGCGGAUAUAACGCAUUCGUCUCCGUCAUGUGAGACAAACCAAGGAUACGAUUACCUUCCCUCAAUAAGCUCGCAGUCUAAGGAGGGUAGGAAAUACCCAAAGUGCGAAAUCUGGCCAACAAGUCCACCAAGGAAGAACAUCUACGCCGAGGAUGGGCUGCUCUGCCAUCCGCUCGUCUCUCCUAUUACUGCUAAUAGUUGGGAGGGUAGUUGCCCGCUUUAUAUUGCCACGGGGCAAGAACUCCUCUCAGACGAGGACAAAUAUCUUGCGAUGAAAGCUGCAAACCAAAAUGUGCAAGUGGUGUUCGAGGAGUAUGAGGCGAUGCCACAUUGCUUUGCGAUGAUAUUGGAGGGCUUACCGGGGAGUAGGAAGUUUUUUGAUAACUGGGCCGGGUUUAUUAGCGAUGUUGUGGAGAGGGAGGGAAGUGUGGCGACAAAGGGAACGAUGAUUCGGGCGAAGAGUUUGGAGGAGGAAGUGGUGGAUGUGAGGACGUUAAGUUCAUUUACAGAGGAGGAGGUUAAGGGGAGGAUGGUAGAGCGUGUAGGGAAGAUGAGUAUGAAGCAGCCGGAUUCGAUGGCAAAAUUAUGA